CGCGGACAUCUCUCCAGUAGCCUCUUGACCAACUCUGUUGCGCACUAAGAUGCGCCCCACAGAAGAGGAGUUGGAUGAGGAACUUUUUGCGCUCUUGUGGGCAGACAGUUUGCAGUGAGCUUUCGCUACCGUCAGAAAACAGGUACCUCCUAUGUAUUUAAGAAAUAAUCCAACUCGCUGUUGGCUGAGCUCGUCGGUCGUUUAAACGUUGCUGGGGAAACUCAUUGAGGAUUUGCUGCGCUCACCAUGACGGUUCGUCUAUCACGGAUCCAACUGGCCCUGUUCUUCAUCUUGCUCUGUCCGGUCAAUAUCAUCGGGCUCUGGUGGGCGGUGGGCAGUCCGCUGGUAAUGGACCCCAACAGCAUUUGCAGGAAGGCGAAGCGUCUGGCUGGGAAGCAGGCCGAUCUGUGCCAGACUCAGCCAGAGAUCGUCAGUGAGGUGGCCAAAGGAGCCAGGCUGGGCGUCAGGGAGUGCCAGUACCAGUUCAGGUAUCGCCGGUGGAACUGCACUAGCCACAAUAAGUAUUUUGGCAAAAUACUGCAGCAAGACAUCAGGGAGACGGCGUUCGUUUAUGCCAUCACGGCGGCCGGCGUGACCCACGCCGUGACCCAGGCCUGCAGCAUGGGAGACCUCCUGCUGUGUGGCUGUGAGGCGACCAGGAACAGAGCACCUCCGAGGCCGUCCUCAUCCUCCCCCGCCGGAGACGAAGUCAAGUGGGAGUGGGGGGGCUGCGGAGAUGAUGUGGAGUUUGGUUAUGAAAAGUCAAAGCAGUUUAUGGACGCCAAGAGAAGGAGGGGCAAGAGCGACAUCAGGACGCUCAUUGACCUGCACAACAACGAGGCCGGGCGGCUGGCGGUGAAGCUCUACAUGCGGACAGAGUGCAAGUGCCACGGUCUGUCGGGGUCGUGCACCUUGCGCACGUGCUGGAAAAAGAUGCCUCAUUUCCGCGAGGUGGGCGACCGCCUGCUGGAGCGCUUCAAUGGCGCUUCCAAGGUGAUGGGCGGCAAUGACGGCAAGACCCUGAUCCCUGUCGGCCAGAACAUUAAGCCGCCAGACAGGCAGGAUCUGAUCUACUCCGACGAGUCGCCCGAUUUCUGUCUUGCAAAUCGGAAAACUGGCUCACUUGGGACACGGGGGCGCAUGUGCAACAGCACAGCCAUGGACAUCAGCGGCUGCGACCUCCUGUGCUGUGAGCGCGGCUACCGGGAGGAAACCGUGGUGCUGGAGGAGAACUGCCUGUGUCGUUUCCACUGGUGUUGUGUGGUCCAGUGCAAGAAGUGCUUGGUCCGAAAAGAGCUUAAUCUCUGUCACUGAGGAACUGAGGUUGAGCUUGUUUACUUCUGUCAUGUUUGGAGUUGUUUUGCUUUAGUUUGGCUGAUGCGAAAGAAAGAAAGGAUUUUGAUUUUCACUGUGAUCCUUUUGUUUCUGUUUUUGCACCAGUCACAUUCAGAUAUUGCCCUGAACAUGUUUUAAUAGUAUUUUAUCAUAGUUCUGGCUUUUUGACUGGGAUAAGAGGUUCUGACAAAAGGUGUGUUGACAUGGAAACAAAGGCAGGGGGACUAAAGGAAGUCAAAUAGAGAAUAUAUUUGUGUUUGAGCUACCUAUUAUUAUUUUUCUUGUUUAUGAAAAAGGACCAAAGAAUGUCAAAAUAUGUA